AUGACUCAUGUCUUGCACCAGAAGAGUAUGGUUUUUUUCAUAGAUGGUCCGGGAGGUACAGGGAAAACAUACCUUUAUAAGGCUUUGCUCGCAAAGGUGCGGUCAAUGGGACUAAUAGCUAUCGUAACAGCAACCUCUGGAAUUGCUGCAUCUAUCAUGUCUGGCGGUAGAACAGAGGAUGAUGCUCUCCCCUUCAAGUUUAAAAGAAAACAAUUUCCAAUUCGGCUUAGUUUUGCCAUGACAAUCAACAAAGCCCAGGGUCAAACCAUCCCAAAUGUUGGCAUAUAUCUUCCUGAGCCGGUGUUUUCUCAUGGCCAACUCUAUGUUGCUUUGUCUAGAGGGACAUCAAGACAAACAACUAGAAUACUUGCAAGGCCAAAUAAGGAUAUUGACCCAUCAGGGAAAAGCACAAAAAAUAUUGUCUACAGGGAUGUUUUGGUAUAA